GAAGUUCCCUUUUCGAUUUCUGAGUUUAAACAUUUGAGGUUCCUGGACCUCUCACGUUUUGAACUUGAAUUGUCACAUGGGGUGUCAUUAAGUCAUUCUCUUAAUUUGCAGACAUUGAUAUUGCGUUUUUGCAAAUAUGUUUUUGGGUUUCUAGGUGAAAUUGGGCAUUUGAAUAAUUUGAGGCAUCUGGAUGUUUCAAAUUCUGAUAUUAAAGCUCUACCUGAAUCUAUCAUUAAACUAACUAAUUUGCAGAGGUUGGAUCUCCAUGGGUGCGAUCAGUUGGAAGGCGCCUUGCCUGAAAAUAUUGGCUUUUUAAUUCAUCUAAGCUAUCUUAACCUUUCAGAUUCACCAAUUAGAAAAAUACCUGAUUCCAUCACUCACAUUAGGAAUUUAAAGACGUUGAAUAUUGUGGGUUGUUGUAACUUAGUUGCCUUACCUAGAGAAUUAGGAUCUUUGACAGGAUUAAGGUGCCUUGAUUUGAGAUUUACAAGUAUUAAAGUAUUGCCUGAAUCUUGCAUUAGUAACCUCUGUAAUUUGGAGAUAGUGACCUUUGUAUCUACAUGUGAGCUUCCAGAAGAAAUUAAGAAUUGGCCGAAAUUAAGGCAGUUGUUUAUUGAAAGAUAUGUGACCGAUGUAUCUACCAUGCCCAGAGGUAUCGAAAAGCUAACUUGCCUUGAAACGUUGAAGUCAUACACGGUAAGGAAAGAAGCAGAUAUUCAUAGUGGUCAUAGUGCGAUAAAAGAGUUAGCAGCGCUGAACUCCCUUCAGGUCUUGUAUAUAGAAAGGUUAGAGAAUGUGAGAGGAGGAAUUGAAGAUGCAGAGGGAGCAAAGUUAAAAGAUAAGCCAGUUUUAAGAGAAUUAUAUCUACGUUGGAGACCCAACGGAGAUGAUGAAGAUGAUGAUAUGGUUUUGGAGGGUCUUAGAGCUCACCCCAAUUUGAGAUUGCUGGAAAUAAAUGGAUUCUCGGGUUUAAAUCUUCCGAAGUGGAUGGGUUCAUUGUAUAGUUGCCUGCUUCUGGUGUCAUUAAAUUUGCAGAACUGUAACAGGUGUGAGAACCUUCCCGCUCUAGGUAUGCUUCCAUGUCUUAAGGAUCUUUGGAUUUCGAGAAUGAAGUCAGUCAAGUGUUUGGGUAGAGAAUUUUAUUACCAGCAACAAGAAGAAGAAAGUAGUAGUACCCAGAACUCAACAACUACAGCAGCAUUAUCAUUUUUCCCUUCUUUAGUUGAGUUGAUAAUCAACAAUAUGGAAAAUCUGGAAGAAUGGGUUGCUCCUCCUUCAUCUUAUGUUUAUGUUGAUGCCUUCCCUGUCCUUGAGACGCUAUAUAUGCAGGGUUGUCCAAAAUUGAGAAGCGCACCAAAUUCAUUUCCUUCUCUGAAGGAAUUGGAUCUGCACAGUAUUAACGGCAAGGCCGUAAACUCAAUCUUUUCUGCCAGUAGAGGAGGAUGUCUCACCUCUCUCACAUCCAUUGUCAUAGAAGAAUAUCCGAAGCUGAUAUAUUUCCCAUUGGGCGCACUACUCAAUAACAAUGCUCCGAAUCUCCAUUCUUUAUGCAUCAGAAAUUGCUCUAAGUUUCAAGGUUUUGGCGAUGAUGAUGAUCUAUACAACAACAAUAAUUCUCUCCACAAGUUGGAAUUAGAUUAUUGCCCUGUUUUAACAACUCUACCAGAUUUACGAUUAUGGACUUCUCUUCGGGAAUUAACCAUCUUCAAGUGCGGCAAAUUGGAGGAGUCUAUACCGUAUGAUCUCAAGACAUCGCUCCGCUUUCUUCGUUCUCUGAAAGUCGAUUUUAUUCAAAGAGAAGAGGGACAGCUAUCAGCUCGAGAUGAAUAUGCAUCCAGGUUAAUCAAUUUGAUGGAGAACUAAUUGAAGAUAUGUUUGCUGCAACUCCUUACAUCUCUUCCAGUUACAACCAACAGGAAGAGGUGAUUGAAGUAUUGAAAGUCAGAUGGGUGACUCUAUGCGCUGUGUUGCUACUUGCUAGAGAUAUGCAAGGAGAACAAGAUGUUGUUGGAAGUACAUAUGAUCAUAGUUAGACCAAAUUGCUACCAUUGUGUUGGAGUUUUGCGUCAGCCAUUCUGCAUGGCUUCCAAGUACACAAGUGAGUGUAAAAACAUACGAAUUAAUGAGACAAUAACUUUUGGAAUGAAUUGGAUUGUGAAAUUUUCUUGGCUCAGUCUGUUUCUCAGUUCCAAAAAUUACAUCAUGAAAUGGAAUCAGACAAUGGCUUUUUAUAUGGAUUUCAACUGCUACUAAAUUUAAUUGGUCGUCAUUGGAUCUUGUUCAACCUUUUUUCGUGUUUGUAACUUCAUUUGAGUGGAUAGGAAGAUGUCUCAUCAUGAAGAACCAGUAAGCAACAGGGCACACUAACUGACAAUUUGUUGAAGCAGUCAUAUGUUGCAUUUGCAAUUUGAGCUGAAUCCAACCAGAACUGGUGUAUCAUUUUGAGGCCGUUGAAACAAACUAAGUUCUUCUCUGCUCGA